AUCUCUCCUACAUUUGUCAUCCACGUCUCUGACGUCUUUGCUGGCCGCGCAAGCGCAAUUGCGUGGCAUUGUGGGUCAAACAUGGCGGUGGCGCUGGUGCUGCGGGCGGUGUCUCAGCAGAUCCCCCCAUUUUCAAGUUGUCUUGGCCAAGUAAGGAAUCGUUAUGUGGACUGGAGAAUGUUACGUGAUGUUAAGAGAAGGAAGAUGGCCUUUGAAUAUGCAGACCACCGACUAUGUCUAAAUGCCCUUAGAAAAAACACUAUUUUGCCAAAAGAACUCCAGGAAGUGGCAGAUAAAGAGAUUCACGCCCUGCCCCGAGACAGCUGCCCUGUGAGGAUCCGCAAUCGGUGUGUGUUUACCUCCCGUCCACGAGCUGUGGUGAAGCGCUGGAGGCUCAGCCGAAUAGUUUUCCGUCACCUGGCUGACCAUGCUCAACUCUCUGGGGUACAGAGAGCAAUGUGGUGAACCCUCAUCAAGGCUUUUCAAGGGAAGAAAAAAAACCUGAGCCCUGUUGCAACUCUUUAAGAUUUAUUGUACUGAAGGUCUUAAUGCUAAGGAUGGUACAAGGGGGGAAAUGGAAGGAAAAGUACUAUAUAGAAGAUGAGCCAGCUUCGGUUAACCUGCUGUUAAGAUAUUUUUAAAUACAAUGAAAAUAUAUUCCCAGUCACUAAA